AUGACGAAACCAAAAGUCCUCCUCCUGGGCGAAAUCGAAUACGCCCACGACGCCUGGAACGCCCUAAGUGACAUCGCAACCCUCAUAACCCCACAAUCCACCACCCGCCCCGCCUUCCUCCAAGAAUGCACCUCCGGCCAGCUCGACGGCGUGCACACCAUCUUCCGCACCUUCGACUCCGGCUCCCUCACGGGCCCCUGGGACGCAGAGCUCAUCGCCGCCCUGCCCUCCUCGCUGCGCUUCUGCUGCCACAAUGGCGCGGGGUACGACGCCAUCGACGUCGCGGCCUGCUCGGCGCGCACGCCGCCUUUGCUUGUGUCGAAUUGUCCGAAAGCGGUCGACGACGCGACGGCGGAUGCGGCUUUGUUCUUGCUCCUGGGGGCGCUGAGGGGGUUUAAUUCUUCCAUGUUGGCGCUGCGGGAGGGGAAGUGGAGGGGGGAGCCGGCGCCGCCUUUGGGGCAUGAUCCGCGCGGUAAAGUGCUGGGGAUUCUGGGGAUGGGGGGCAUUGGGCGGAAUCUGAAGCGCAAGUGCGAUGCGUUGGGGAUGCGGACGAUUUAUCAUAAUCGCAAGCCACUGGGGGCGGAAGAGGCGGCGGGGGCGGAGUACGUGGAGUUUGACGAGCUGUUGGCGCGCGCAGAUGUGGUGAGUUUGAAUUUGCCGUUGAAUCCACACACCCGCCACAUCAUCUCGCACGCCCAACUAGCCAAAAUGAAGCCCGGCGUGGUGAUAGUCAACACGGCGCGCGGCGGCGUGCUCGACGAGGAAGCGCUGGUGCAGGCGCUCGACAGCGGCCAUGUGCGCUCGUGCGGGCUCGACGUGUACGACGACGAGCCGAAUGUGCAUUCGGGAUUGAUAAGGAAUGAGAAUGUGAUGCUGCUGCCGCAUAUGGGGACGUACACUUUGGAGACGAUGGCGGCCAUGGAGGAGCGCGUGGUGGUGAAUGUGAGGGAGGCGGUUACGAAGGGGAGGCUGGUGGAUUUGGUUGUGGAGCAAAGGGGGUUGGUAUAG